GGGCCGGGGUCCAGUGUGAACUGAGUCCCUGAGCUACCCAGAGGGAGAGGGAGAGGCCCUGAGGCUGUGAGCAGGGUGUGCAUCAGCUCGGGAGGUGGAGACUGUCCCCUGAGGGGGAAGGGGCUGGAGCAGGCGGAGGGCCCCACAGUCAGGGAGAUUUGGAGAUGCGGGCGAUGGACAGCCACAGGCUUUGGGCCAAAGGGUCGUGCCUGGGCCCCACCUGACCCGCCUCCAUCAGCAAGGGGCACAAAUGGAAAGGUGAGAGGACAGAGGAAGGCAGGCUCAGCGGAGGCCCAGGGGGAAGGAGUGGAGACCUGCCCCACCCCUCCACAGCCUAAUAAAGGCCCCGGCCAGGCCAGGCUCACUCACCUCACUUGUUCCUCACUGGUCCAGGUAGGUCCUUGCUCACUUCCCCGGAAGGAUUUGCAGAGGGACAUGAGGUGUCACUGAUCAUCCCAUCCCCGCUUCUGCCUCCAGAGACCCCUCACCAGCCAUGAGGCUCGUCCUGUUACUCCCAGUCCUGUUGGUGGCUCUGUGGAUGGUGUGUGAAGGACCAUCCUGGGUCCAGGCGGUCCCUGAGCCAGCCGGCAUCUUGGAUGCCCUCCCGGACACUGUGAAGAAGAUUGCACACACCCUGGGGAACAAGGACCAGGGAGUCCCUGACAAGCUGAAAAAGAAGGACUCUGCUUCAGUCACCCGGAAAGUGGCGGCAAAUACAACCAAAAAUAUUCCAGUUAAAAUAGAUCUCAUUCCCGUCCACAGAAGCAGGUUGCCCCUCUUACCCUUCAAUCCUAGCCGCAUCCACCUGCCGCCCCUCCAACCAAGCAGGAUCCAUUCGCGACGCCCCCACCCAAGCAGGAUCCACCCGCCACGCCUCCACUCAAGCAGGAUCUACCCGCUAUGUCCCCACUCAGGCUGGAUACACCCCUUGUUUCCAGGGCUGUGUCCCAGACAGAGGCCCAGACAAAGGCUCUGAAAUUUCCCACAUCACCAGCCUCUGUGUCGAAGACUUCCCACAUGACAUCCCUCGUCCCCGACACCCCCCACCCGCAAUAAAAAUCCUGUAGAGAA